AUGAAGUUUAGGCUCGUCGCUGUAGCCCUUGCUGCCGCUAGUUUCACAGAGGCAGCCCCAAUCAAACGAGGCUUGCUUGAAGAUUUGUUUGGACUAGAUGGUACGACCACAACAACGGCGUUAGCCGGAGCUCAAGUUGCCGCUGCGGCCCCUACCAGUACACAAGUCACUGCGCCAGCUGCAGCACCAACCACUACAACCUCCAACACGGGUGGAUUUUGGGCAAACCUAUUUGAGGGAUUCGGAAGCGGUUCUGACACAACUGCAGCGCAACCUCAAGUACAGGCAGCAGCACAAGUAACCACCCCGGCUGUUGCUCAAGCAAUAUCUACAUCAGCGUCUACCCCCGCUUCUUCAUCUGGUGGGUUUUUUGCCAAUCUUUUUGAUGACUUUUUUGGAUCCAAACCAUCUACUCAAGCUGCUACUGCUGCUGCAACUCCUGCUGCUGCCACUCCUGCUGCUGCCACUCCUGCUGCUACUUUCACAACACCAACUACACAAGCUGCAAACACUAUUGUUGUUUCCCAACCCACAACCACAUCUUCUCAAUCCAGUUCUAGUGGGAACUCCGUGGAGGAUUUGUUUGCAUUCUUACUUGGAAGAAGCUCCUCUCCGGUGGCUGCUGCUACUGCUACUCAAUCUACACCAGCGUCUGGAAGUUCAGCUAGUGGGUCGAAUAGCGGUUUUUUUGGACUUGGCGAUGAGUCAGAUUCUGCAAGCUAUGGAGCUUCCUCACAAGCAGCAACAUCAGCAAUUGUAACCAAUACUUACCAAGGUGGCUCACCAGGAAAAUAUACGGGAUCAAUCAAUACUGCCACUGCCACUGCCUCAAAUGGUGGAAGCGCGGCAGGUGCCACUGCUGCAGCUGGCUCCAAAGGUAUAACCUACUCACCAUACAAAAAGGACGAUCAAUGCAAGUCAGCUUCUGAAGUAGCCGAUGACAUUGCAAAGUUGAGCUCCUAUGAGCUUAUUAGACUCUAUAGCACCGAUUGUUCAGGUAUUGAAAAUGUCUUGGCUGCCAUGGGGUCCAGUCAACUACUUUAUUUGGGAUUGUGGAAUAUCGACACGCAGUCUGUCCAAAGUGGAUUAUCUGAGAUAAAAAGUGCUAUUUCAACGAGCUCUCGAGGAUGGAGUCUGGUUCACACAAUCGCGGUUGGUAACGAAAGAGUCAAUGCCGGAGAAGCAACGGUUUCACAAAUGCAAGAUGCUGUUGACACUGCCAGACAAUGGUUGAAAUCAAAUGCUGCCGACUACACAGGUUAUGUCGUGACUGUGGACACUUUAGUUGCCUAUGUUGCUAAUCCGCAAUUGUGUGAAAUGUCAGACUACUUGGCAGUGAACUCGCAUCCCUAUUGGGAUGGUGGAGUGGACCCAAGUGAUUCUGGUUCUUGGUUGGAACAACAAAUUUCAAACUUGCAAAGCGUUUGUGGUACCUCGAAGGAUGUACUUAUCACUGAAACUGGAUGGCCAACACAAGGAGACGCUUACGGAUCUUGUGUGCCAUCAGUGGCUAAUCAAGUAGCUGCUGUCAAGUCAAUCAAAAGCUCGUUGGGAUCCAAGGUGAUCAUGUUCACAAUGUACAAUGACUAUUGGAAAGAUCCUGGUGCUUAUAAUGUUGAGCAGCAUUGGGGACUUUACGGGGACCCCUCAGAAUAG